UCUCACAAAAUGGGCAUCAUGGCUCUUCUCUUAGUUAUGCUUUUGUUUGUUCACACUUCCUCGUCCGAAACCACUAUUUUCAAGCCAUACAAAGAAGAAAACUUUCAGUCUCUUGUCGCAAAAGCGUGCCAGUUUAUCGAUGCUCAUGAGUCAUGCGUCUCAAACAUCCGGACGCACAUCAAGGAAUCGGGCCACGGGUUAAGCCCGCAUUCGGUUUUAAGCGCUGCGGUUAAGGAAGCACACGACAAAGCCAAGUUAGCAAUGGAAGGGAUCCCAACGGUUACGACGUUAUUUGUCCAUUCCCGUGAACAAAUCGCCAUAGAGGAUUGCAAAGAGCUUGUAGGCUUUUCGGUGACGGAGCUUGCAUGGUCCAUGCUGGAGAUGAACAAACUCCACGGAGGAGGAGGAAUAGACGGAGACUCUCACGACGCUGCUGCAGCAGAAGGCAACCUUAAGACAUGGCUAAGCGCUGCGAUGAGUAACCAAGACACGUGUCUAGAAGGGUUUGAAGGAACAGAGAGGAAAUAUGAGGAGUUGAUCAAAGGUAGCUUAAGACAAGUCACUCAGCUCGUGAGCAACGUCUUAGACAUGUACACGCAGCUCAAUGCCUUGCCUUUCAAGGCAUCUAGGAACGAGAGCUUCCCCUCACGCCCUGAGUGGCUAACGGAGACCGAAGAGAGCCUCAUGAAGCGUCAUGAACCUAGUGCGAUGCACUCAAACACGGUUGUGUCUCUAGAUGGAAAAGGGAAGUAUCGGACGAUUAAUGAGGCCAUCAACGAGGCUCCCAACCAUAGCACAAAGCGAUAUGUUAUAUAUGUGAAGAAAGGUGUGUAUAAAGAAAAUAUUGAUUUGAAGAAGAAGAAGACUAACAUUAUGCUUGUUGGUGACGGUAUCGGACAGACAAUUAUAACCGGUAACCGGAAUUUCAUGCAAGGUCUUACCACAUUCCGAACUGCAACCGUUGACUCUAAUUCACUCGGACGCUGUUUGUGACUCCACACCUCACCCAUCCGUCUGUAAAUCCGUUUUACCCGUCGGAUCACCCCAUCCAGUUACCGAGUUUGCCAGCAUUGUCAUUCUUAAGUCUCUAGAAACUUCUAAAAGACCUUCUUGCCUCCUUCGACCAACAUCAUCCUACCUCAGGACCCCUUCAAGAUUGCCAACUACUCGCUGGCCUGACCGUUGACCAGCUCACACGUGUGCAUGCCAUCAAAAAGGUCGUUCUCCGAAACUCCGAGAUCAACGAUUUGCUCACGCUGCUUAGCGCUGCUCUUACAAACUACGACACAUGCCUAGAAUCGGUUCAUGAGGUCGCCAGAGAAUCAUCAAAGAGUGUAGUUAACGGCCACGAGGACAUCCGUCGGAGGGUUUCUGAGGGUAUACAGCUGAUUAGCGUCUCUCUUGCAUUGUCCAAGGAGGCUUGGCCGAUAUCAUCUGAUGCUCCGACGGCAAAGCCACCGCCUAGGAUUCUGACGGAGGGGAAAAUGUCGUCGCAACCGGAAAUUUCGGAUGUGAAAGCGACGGAACGUGAGAGAAUGAUCUACGAGAGAGUGAUGUUUGUUGGACGAAAGCUUCUUCAGGUUUCUUUUCACUUAAUUACUAUCUGAACUGAUGAUCGUUAUCUUCUUAGACCCCAAAAACAUAUAAAAGACCAUUUAGUAUAUAAAAACUUCUAAUUUACAACAAACUUUUAUUAUAUAUAUAUUGCCAAAAUAUAUUCUGGUAUUUAUGUUGAUUGAAAAGGGCCACACCGAAAUCAUAUAUGUACAUGUUUAUAACAAAAAUAAAAUCUAAACAUAUAUAUAAAGAUUUUUUUUCUUUUUUUCUCACAACUGAUCGACGCAUU